UAAUCUUGUAAUUCUAUAUUGGUCAUUUGGAAAAUAUUGAUUCAUUGAGUUACGCAGAUCUUUGAAUUUCAUUGUGUAAUAUCAAAACCUCAACACUUGUUAAUAUCACCACCAAUCUUGGUGGAAAAGUCUUUAAAUGUGGGGAAGCUGUCAGGCUAAUGGUGGCAGAUACAGGUUUUUUGGAAAUCCUAAUUUUAAAAAAAUUGGCAAUAGUUUUCUUGAAGUGGUAGGCUCUCUUUUUUCUUCCUUGAAAGCUUUUCUAUCCCUAGUGUCUUCUUAGGCUGUCAUUUUGGGGCCGAAUUAUUGAAUAAAGACAAUAUUUCCUCUGCACAAACACUUAACCUUAUAACUAUUCCUGAAUCCUUUUAAUAAUUGACUUUUUACAGUUUUACAGCCAUAGAUUUUGUUUUUGUAAUGUUUAAUAUUUGUAUCUCAGAUAAUUAUUGAAAGGAAGGUAUUUACUGAGCUGCUGCUGUGUGCUGGCUCCUGAGCUAAGAUUUUGUGUUCACUUUAUGUAGCUACUGGUUUUAUUUGUGAUAUGUUAAAGAACCUUCUUUUCAGUAAAGAGGAAAAGACCCAAGUCCUGUAACUUCUGUUAAGCUGAGUGAUUUCCUAGAAGCAUGAUUGUUUGUUGCACUUGAUCUCACAACCUGGUGAGGACAUCCUUACUGAUAAUGUCAAGUUCAGGUUAUCCUCCCAACCAAGGAGCAUUCAGCACAGAACAAAGUCGGUAUCCUCCCCACUCUGUUCAGUACACCUUUCCCAGCACCCGUCACCAGCAGGAAUUUGCGGUCCCUGAUUACCGUUCUUCUCAUCUUGAAGUCAGUCAGGCAUCACAGCUCUUGCAGCAGCAGCAGCAGCAGCAGCUUCGCAGGAGGCCUUCCCUACUUUCAGAGUUUCACCCGGGUUCUGACAGGCCUCAAGAAAGAAGAACUGGAUAUGAGCAGUUUCACCCAGGCCCUUCCCCAGGGGAUCAUGAUUCACUGGAUUCCAAGAGACCACGUCUGGAGCAGCUUUCUGAUUCCCAUUUCCAGCGGGUCAGCGCUGCGGUCUUACCUUUAGUGCACACGCUGCCAGAAGGGUUGAGGUCUUCUGCAGAUGCUAAGAAGGACCCGGCAUUUGGAGUCAAACAUGAAGCUCCUUCCUCUCCAAUCUCUGGGCAACCAUGUGGGGAUGAUCAAAAUGCUUCACCUUCAAAACUUUCAAAGGAAGAGUUAAUACAGAGUAUGGAUCGUGUAGAUCGAGAAAUUGCGAAAGUAGAGCAGCAGAUCCUUAAACUGAAAAAAAAACAACAACAGCUUGAAGAGGAGGCCGCGAAGCCUCCAGAGCCCGAGAAGCCUGUGUCCCCCCCUCCUGUGGAGCAGAAGCACCGCAGUGUUGUCCAGAUUAUUUAUGAUGAAAACCGGAAAAAAGCGGAAGAAGCUCAUAAAAUAUUUGAAGGUCUUGGCCCGAAAGUUGAACUGCCACUCUAUAACCAGCCAUCAGACACCAAGGUGUACCAUGAGAACAUCAAGACUGGAGUACCUGCAAGGCGCAUGAUGAAAAACCAGGUGAUGAGGAAAAAACUCAUUUUAUUUUUUAAAAGAAGAAAUCAUGCAAGAAAACAAAGGGAACAAAAAAUCUGCCAACGUUAUGAUCAGCUCAUGGAGGCAUGGGAGAAAAAAGUGGACAGAAUAGAAAAUAACCCUCGGAGGAAAGCUAAAGAAAGCAAAACAAGAGAGUACUAUGAAAAGCAGUUUCCAGAGAUUCGAAAACAGAGAGAACAGCAAGAACGGUUUCAGCGAGUUGGGCAGAGGGGAGCUGGUCUUUCAGCCACCAUUGCUAGGAGUGAACAUGAGAUUUCUGAAAUUAUUGAUGGGCUCUCUGAACAGGAGAAUAAUGAGAAACAAAUGCGACAGCUCUCUGUGAUCCCGCCUAUGAUGUUUGAUGCUGAACAGAGACGGGUCAAGUUCAUUAACAUGAAUGGCCUCAUGGAGGACCCUAUGAAGGUUUAUAAAGAUAGGCAGUUCAUGAAUGUUUGGACUGACCAUGAGAAGGAGAUCUUUAAAGACAAGUUUAUCCAGCAUCCAAAAAACUUUGGACUGAUUGCAUCUUACUUGGAAAGGAAGAGUGUUCCUGAUUGUGUUUUAUAUUACUACUUAACCAAGAAAAAUGAGAAUUAUAAAGCCCUAGUAAGAAGGAACUAUGGAAAACGCAGAGGGAGAAAUCAGCAGCAAAUUGCCCGACCCUCACAAGAAGAAAAAGUAGAAGAAAAGGAAGAGGAUAAAGCAGAAAAAACAGAAAAAAAAGAGGAGGAAAAGAAAGAUGAAGAAGAAAAGGAUGAAAAGGAGGACUCUAAAGAAAAUACCAAGGAAAAGGAUAAGACAGAGGGGACAGCUGAAGAAACUGAGGAGAGAGAGCAAGCCACACCCCGGGGCCGGAAGACCGCCAAUAGCCAGGGCCGCCGGAAGGGCCGGAUCACCAGGUCCAUGACCAGUGAGGCUGCGGCGGCCAGUGCUGCUGCGGCCGCGGCCACUGAGGAGCCCCCGCCACCUCUGCCACCGCCACCAGAGCCCAUUUCUACUGAACCUGUAGAAACUUCUCGAUGGACAGAAGAAGAAAUGGAAGUUGCUAAAAAAGGUCUAGUGGAACAUGGUCGUAACUGGGCAGCAAUUGCAAAGAUGGUGGGAACUAAAAGUGAAGCCCAAUGUAAAAACUUCUAUUUUAACUAUAAACGGAGGCACAAUCUUGACAACCUUUUGCAGCAGCAUAAACAGAAAGCCUCACGGAAGCCCCGUGAAGAGCGAGACGUGUCUCAGUGUGAAAGUGUGGCCUCCACUGUCUCAGCACAGGAGGACGAGGACAUUGAAGCCUCUAAUGAAGAGGAGAACCCUGAGGACAGUGAAGGUACCACCACUCUUCCGUCUGGUUGUGGCGUCUGCUGGCCCACACGCAUGACGGGUACCUUAGUUGUUUGGCUGUCUAGGAAUUACUUCAUUCAGGAAAUGAGAACACAGUGUAUUUAUCAUUCAAUCACACAUGUAUUUAUGUAGCUCCUGAGAUGGUCCAGGUGCUGCAAUUGAAAGGUCUUGAAGGAUGGCAGUCCUGCCUGAGACACUAAGUGCCAGCGUCCAUAAGCUGUCAGUGUGUCUCUAUCGUUGCCACACAUAUUGGUUCAGUCAUUAGCUUCAGUUUCAUUUUCCUCUUUCUUUAUUUUAUCAAGCUUGAUUUAUGUCAGCAUUUAUAAAGCUGAACAUGUCAUAUUGAUGUUUCCAUGAAAAAAAUGUAUUAAUGGCCCAGAGGCAUUGGCCAAAAAAAUGUCAAGAAACUUAAAUAAAAUCCUUUAUGCUAUUUGAAAAAUUAAUGACAACUUCCUCAAAAAGUAAAUGUUUUCUUGAUUUUUUUCAAAUUAAAAAAGGUACCUAAUUUACUUUAGUUUACAUUACUAUUAAAGUUUCUG